GUAUGUUAGCUACCAACAAUGCAUUGCGUUAGAUAUGGUGUUCGUUCACUUCUAAAUUUCUGACACAAUUAUCAAACUUCAUCAAGGACAGCAUUGAAUAACAGUGCGGUGUAACGUAAGUCUUUGAAAAAUGUGGAUGUUUAUUGUUGCCGCGGUACUAAUGGUACUUGGUUACUGGAGGUUUAGCCGAUCCCAUAGUUACUGGAUAAAAAAGGGAGUAACCCAAUUAAAACCAAUUUUUAUCUUUGGAGAUUUCUGGCCUUUAUUUUCGCGCAAACUAUCCGCCCCUGAAAUGACACAAGCAAUGUAUAACUCUGGUCAAAAUUUAAGGUACGUGGGCAUAUACCAGUUCCUUCAGCCCGUUCUUCUUUUGAGAGAUCCAGAACUCAUCAAACAAAUCACAGUAAAAGAUUUUGACCAUUUUCUGGACCAUAUGACUCUUCUAGAUUCAGAUACCGAUCCUCUCCUUGGUAAAAAUUUAGCUUUACUUACUGGUAUUCAAUGGAGAGAGAUGAGAUGCACCCUCAGUCCGUCUUUUACCAGCCGCAAAAUGAAGUAUAUGUUUUCCUUAAUGUCACUAAACGCAAACCAGUUUGUAAACUAUUUCUUGCAAAAAGAUAAAGUAGUAAUUGAGGUAGAAAUGAAAGAUGUUAUUUCAAGAUUUACAAAUGACGUUAUUGCUAGCACUGUGUUUGGUUUUGAAUGCGAUUCCUUGAAAGAACCCAACAACGAGUUUUAUACAAUGGGAAGGGCAACUACUGAUUUUACAAAUCUACGAACAAUUCUGGUAUUCAUGGGUUACUUCUUAGCGCCCAAGCUACUUAAAUUCUUCAAAAUCACGAUGUUUUCUGAUAAAAUAAAUAAAUAUUUUACAACAAUAAUUAAAGAAAAUAUUGAAAGCAGAGAAAAAUACGGUUCCAAACGACCUGAUAUGAUUGGUUUAUUACUUGAAGCCAGAAGAAACAAACACAACGACGAUGAUCACACUCCUUUACCGGAUACUGGUUUUGCUACGGUAGAAGAAUCAGAUAUUGGUAAAAACGAAAAGUUGAGGAAGUGUGAAAUAACAGAUGAAGACAUUACUGCUCAGGCUUUUGUAUUCUUUAUUGCUGGAUUCGAAACUGUUUCUACCUUAAUGUGUUUUAUGUGUUACGAAUUAGGUGUCAAUCAAGGCGUACAAGAGAAACUUAGGAACGAAGUAGACGCCACUAAAAAAAAGUGUGGUGGAAAAAUUACGUAUGAAGCACUGACCACAAUGAAGUAUAUGGAUAUGGUAGUAUCAGAGACCUUAAGAAAAUGGCCAACUACUGUAGGUACUGAUAGAAUGUGCACUAAACCCUAUACCCUUAAACCAAAAAUAGCAGAUGAGAAACCAGUUCAUUUAGAUCAAGGUACUGUGAUAAUGCUACCAGUUUAUGGAAUACAUAGAGAUCCACAAUACUAUCCAGAACCAGAACGGUUCGAUCCCGAACGCUUCAGUGACGAGAACAAAAGUAAAAUUACACCGUACACAUUUUUUCCAUUUGGAUUAGGACCGAGGAACUGCAUUGGUUCGAGAUUUGCCUUAUUGGAGACUAAGCUUCUUUUUUACUACACUCUGUCUAAUUUUGAAAUCAUUCCAGUUGAGAAAACGCAAAUCCCCCUUCGUUUUAAUAGAAAGGCUAUAACUAUGUCUGCUGAGAAAGGUUUUUGGUUGGGCCUUCAACGCCGCGUAAAUUAAAAUUGUGAGUAUAUAUAGACAAUGUUCUAUCACAAGAAACAACCAGCGUGAAACAAUAUUCUACAAGGAAAGUGUUUGUAUCAAGACUAAGUAUGACAAUAAUGAAAUUCAAAAUCUUGUAAAAUUUUGUAGUUUUGCAAGACGUAUCGGAGUUCAUAAAUUAAUAGUCGGCUAGAUAUAUCAAAGUAAAAUGCCCCCAGUGUUAGUCUGUUGGAUAUUAUUAGGCAUCUAUAUAAAAUUUUGUAAGUUAAGUAUCAACCGAGAAUUUUUUAAGAUUUUCGGUUUUUAAGAAGAUUGUUCAAAUUCACAUAAGUUUUAUUGCAAUAAAUGUCACAAUAAAGCAAAUAUGUCUCUCAGAUUAAUCAUCAAACAACAUGUUUUCUAAGCUUAAGAGCAUAUGUAGCUGUCAUAAGUUUUAGCUUUAGAACAAACAUCAAUAAAUAGAUACAUAACAUCUUUUGAACGACCAUACUCUUUGCAUAUGAAAUACUCCUGCGGCUUAUCCUCCAAAGGUUCACUCUCACCAAGUUCUGUGCACGAUGGAAUAGGAUAUUCGUCCUGCGGGCAUACACCAUUUUGCAGAACAAUGUCGCAAAGUCCAAUACCAAUGUUGUAGCCAAGUCCUUGUUCGCACUGACUCGGGUAAGCUUUCAGCGUGUCUUUGGUUUGGACGCAUAGAGAACAAACUUGUUGCAGUAAAGAGGAUCCGGAAAAAUACCCACAAUGUCAAACAGACAUGGAAAAGGCAAAUCUGCGAUACCAUCGCAAAAGGGAUCCUGUGCAGUAGUGCACUUAUUCUUGAUACAUUUUUCUCCGUAGUUCACAAGUUUUCGUGUUCUGUUUUGUGUAAGUGUCGUCAUCUUGGAUACAUGCCGCUAAACUACUGCAACUGUCGCAAAAAAGUCCAUAAGUAGGGCAAUUUUUGGGUUUUUCACAAGUUUUGGAUAGAGCCGCGCUGUAGUCCAUAAGGUUUUUGGCGUGGCAAAAGGCCAAAAACUGAAACGGAAAAAUUGUUAGCUCCCAUGUACAAUAUAUGCAUUAAUGCACAACAGCGUUCACACUGACAACUAUGACUAAAUAAAAAUACUGUUUUCCACUACAA